AUGGUGCUGUUCUUCAUCCCACAUACGCCUGAACGAGCGACGUACUUGACGGAGGAGGAGAAAGCUGCGGCUUCUUUUUGCAUGAAGUUCCAUGCCUAUGGAGGUAGCAACAAGUCCGACUCAGAAUUUGAAACGUUCCCAUGGACGUGGGCUUGUAUGGAUGUUGUAAAGCGGAUACGGCAUCUCUGUCAUAAGAUCUCCUUGUCAUUAUUACACCAAUCUACGGCUUCUGCCUUCUUCUUCCAGCCUCGCUACGUGACGGAACAUCCCAUCAACAAAGAAAACCUCGAGAACAUGAAGCAGGCUAACGGCGAAAGGCUUGCCGAGCACCACGAGAAUAACCUUGAACAUCGGCAUCCCAGUAUUCAGGUACACCAUUCAGCUGAGGGCUUCACGAUCAUGGAGCAGGCUUUGCCGGCAGUGUACGGGACCACUACCAGACUGUCGGGCUUUGAUGUUGCAUUCUCAAAGUUCGGCCGCCGCCCCAAAUAA